GUCCAGCAGCUGUUGGUGAGUAAAGAUGGAGGACCCACCUGAGCCGCAGGUUAAAGAGGAAGAGGAGGAACGGUGGGUCAGUCAGGACGGAGAGCAACUUCAAACCCUGGAGGAGGAGGAUAUCAUCAAGUUCACAUUCACUCCUGUCCUGAAGAGUGAAGAUGAUGAGGAGGAGGAGGAACCUGAGUCCUCACAGCUUCAUGAAAAUGAAGAAGAGGACAGAGACACAGAGGGUUUGAAAACAGAACAGAACACUAACGUAGAAAGUCGUUUACACUCUGAGUCUGAGACUGAUAACAGCUGUGACUGGGAGGAGGCCAGAGAACCCCAGCCGGGUCUGAGGGAUAAAGACAGCUCCUCUGCUUGUGCGUCAGGCUCUGACCUAAAGGAAGAUCUGCAGAAACACAAAGAAAUCCAGACCAAAGAGAAACCGUUCAGCUGCUCCGUUUGUAAAAAAUGUUUCCCAAGGAAAGGAGAGCUUUCGAUUCACAUGAGGACCCACACCGGAGAGAAACCCUUCAGCUGCUCCGUCUGUGCUCGAAGUUUCACACAGAAGUCACAUUUGGAUUCACACCAACAGGUUCACACGGGAGAGAAACUCUUCAGUUGUUCGGUUUGUGCCGCACGCUUCCUGCGCAAAGCCGACUUAGACAUUCACAUGCGGACUCACACAGGGGAGAAACCGUUCAGCUGCUCCGUGUGUGGGAAAAGAUUCGCACAUAACAACAUGAGGAAACACAUGAGAACCCACACAGGGGAGAAACCGUUCAGCUGUUCCAUAUGCGGGAAAGGAUUCGGACAACACGAUAACCUGAAGCGACACUCCAUCGUCCACACGGGGGAGAAACCCUUCAGUUGUUCCAUAUGUGGGAAAAACUUUGCAAGGAAUAAUAUGAAGAAACACAUGAGGACCCACACGGGGGAGAAACCCUUCAGCUGUCCGUUCUGUGGGAAAGGAUUCGGACAGCACGACACCUUGAACCGUCACAUGAUCGUCCACACGGGGGAGAAACCCUUCAGCUGUGAGAUUUGUGGGAAAAGAUUUGCGCAGAGCACGACUCUGAAUCGUCACUCGGUCGUGCACACCGGAGAGAAACCGUUCGGUUGCAGUGUGUGCGAUAAAAGAUUCACUCAGCUUGCAAGUCUCAACAAACACAAGUGUAAAGGGGGAGCUUUGUCUUAGACGUGUUUCCAACAUAUUAGCUUGAUGCUAAAUUGAGAUUUCUUUGACUUAGGAUGCACCGAACAGGAUUGAUCACAUCUCCAUUUCAUUAAUUAUAUAUUUGACAGAUCUUUUCCUGUUCUCGUGGACUGACCUUAUGGGUGAAGUUUAACUUACAACAAAUCUGCAUCCAGUUGUUUUUAUUUUGGGAAGGUUUGAUCAAUACAUUACAAGUAAUCUACUAUGUUCAUUCCAGAGUUCACGGUAGACUUUUCUUAUGUUGGUGAUAUUCCAGAAUUCCAGCCAUAAACAAUAACUGUCGGACAUCCGCUCUGAAAGCCCGAUCUGCUUAAUAACUUACAUUUACCAGCAAUACAACACUAAAAACACUAACACUUGAAAUGAAUCAAUGAAUAAAUAAUAUGAUGAAGCACCGGGGGACAGCGUGUCGAUGCCGACCUGCUGCAUGGAGAAAGAGGGGGAGAGAGAGAGAGAGACUGUAUUGUAGUGUAACGGAUCAGCAGGCCUGGACUUUCUUUUCUUAAAGUGCAGUUUGAAUAAUCUGGUUUACAUCCACAUGGACAUUAUAGAGCGCUUCAUCAUCUAAUAAGCACUGAAGUUUGAGAGCCCCAUACUGUCCCUCUAACCUGAGCCUCCUCUGGUCCGGGGGCCAACAGGCGUGACCUGCCGUGUCUGUCCGGUGUCCUCCGUGCGCCUCUGCACCAAACUCUGCGUGUCAGUAACGGGUGAAUGUUUGGUAACAUCCUCUGCACACUGCUGAAGGGAGUAAUCCACGUGCACGCUAUCAGUCCCCUUUAAGUGUUUUGGAAGGUGACCAUCACCGAGUAUGUUUUGAUAUUCAUAUCUCAUCAUGCUGGGAGGCUACACUUGAUUAAAGGUGACAUAUUCUGCUCUUUUUCAUCAACAUAUAUUGGUCUAAGAGGUCCCCAAAACAUGUCUUUAAAGUUUAUGCUCAUAAAAACACUUUGAAAUCAGAUUUUGGUCUGCCUGAAAACCCCUCUUCUUCAGCCCUGCUCAGAACAGGCUGUUUUCUCUCUGACCACGCCCCCUCAGGAAGUGGGUGUGGCCUCGGCUGUCCAGCACGUUGAUCUAAUGUUUACAUGUUGGCUGAAUAUACACGGCUGCUCACAGACCCGCGUUACUUCAACCCUCUGAAUCUGAUCCAGAAUCUGAUCCUGACGGAGAGGCGCCUGCAGCAGGACCUUUCUGAACCAUUGGUCACAGAUUUAGUGUUUCUUGUUGUUUUAUUUGUCAGCAUGUCGACGUGUGUCUUGGUACACAGCUACCAACAUGUAGCUAUGUGGCUAUGCUAACUAGCGCUAGCACUUAUCCAUGAAAACUAAAAAUCCUCCACUAGAUCUUCAAAUCUGCAGACGUGGGGAGUCAAAGCGACCUUUGUGUUUAUUAAGACAGCCUACAACUAGCAUGCCUCCCUCCUAAGCUCCUUGUUAGCACACAUGUGUGCAGGGAAUGAAAACGGAGGAGGGGUUGAGUUGUAUUUUAUACAGUCUAUGGGCUGAACAAGCUCCGAGCUCUGACUUCCUGUUACAGACCGGAUGGCGUUGUGACGUAUGAAAAACACUGAAAACUGAAACGGCUGGUUUCAGCACACAUUUACAGAAAGGUGGAGAAAUCAGAACAGGGGCAGAAUGGAGUCUUUGACUUUUCAGGGGGUUUGUAGACAGGGACACAGAUUUCAGGGAGAGGACCAUUAAAAAGUCCAUUCUGCAUGAUGUCACCUUUAAACUCUUCAUAAAGCAUCAUAACCUUCUGUGAACGUGUCAAAGUAAGACCUGUGGUUAUACAAAUCUUCACACGUCCGUCAUCAGUGUUGAAGCGUUCUCCUGAUGUUUCUGAGCGUUCAGGUCCGACUGUUUUCUCAGUGCCGCUGUCAGUCAGUGAACGUGACGUGUGGCGUUCAGGUAACACUCAAAAAAAAUCAGCUGCUUCACGGCACGGUCAUGAACGAAUGUUGGUGUGUGAAAGUGUAGACUCCAAAUAUAAGACUAGUCCACUUUUUUCACACGCAGUUUAAAGGGAAACCCUCAGCUUACAUUAUGAACAGUAUGGUUCUUUAUAUUUGGUAUUUUUACCACCGGACAUUUUGGCUGAUGAUGUCUCUACAUGCCGGACAACUGCAGGUGAAACUUGCAGCCUCUUUAACUUUCUAUUUACAGUGAAACUGAGACUGGAAUCAUUAUUCUCGAUUAUUCACUACCAUGUUAUUUACUAGAACUGUUCAAUGACAGCAGAAAAGCAGAAAAAUGUAAAUAUUGAGACAUAAAAGUGGUUGUAUAGUUAUAAUAUUUCAGAUGUAACUCUUGUUGCCUUAAAG